UGUGGGAUUCCGCAAAACAACAUGCUGUGAUAAUUACAGGAAGACGAUCAAGAACUUCUGUCAACCUUUAUGAGCGUGGACAAGAUGGUAGACGAUCAAGUUUAGUUUUCGCCCCAUCUGGUGCCAAUGCUGAAUUAAACACACAGCUGAGCGAUUUGAGAGCACUGGUUGGCCAGCUGCAGACAAUGGUCAACCAAAUGCAGCAGGGUCAAGCUGGCCAGCCAGUGCGUAUCCCCAUGGUCCACCAUGAGGCCCCAGGCAGACCAGCCACCCCAGCUGCCCCAGGAAGUCCAAGGACACCAGCAGCGGCAGCCUCACCAGCAGCCGCAGCUACCCUGGCUACCCCGGCUACCCCAGCUGAGGCCAGCUCCCAUCGCCACAGCCCAUCCAGGCCUUUUAGCCGUCAAGUGCCCACAAUGACAAUCGGCGAGCCUGCCACGCCGGAGUUACACCGGGAGCGGCCAUUUGGUAUGUCACUGCCUGUGACAACAGGCACGCCAGCCGCCCCAGGCACGCCGGCCGCCCCAGGCACGCCGGCCGCCCCAGGCACGCCGGCCGCCCCAGGCACGCCGGCCGCCCCAGGCACGCCGGCCGCCCCAGGCACGCUGGCCGCCCCAGGCACGCUGGCCGCCCCAGGCACGCCAGCUGCCCCAUGCACGCCAGCUGCCCCAGGCACUCCGGCCGCCCCAGGCAGUCCGAGGACACCAGCAGCGGCAGCCGAACCAGCAGCGGCAGCUACCCUGGCUUCCCCUGCUCAGGCUGGCUCCCAGCCUACCAGCCCAUCCAGUCCUCCUAGCCUCGAAGAAGAGGAAAUGGACUUAGAGCCACCAUCACCCCCAUCACCACCAUCACCCCCUUCACCAAGACGGUCGCCCCGUAAUCAUGGAAAGGUUCCUGAAUACGCCGGAUUAGCUGUAACAAACGGCAGAGGCAAAAAGAGGGGUACGGGGGGGACUCGGGGUGCCCGCGAGCCAAAGAGGGCCAGAGUUGGCGAGGCACCCGACCAGCCCGCCCCAGACACGCCAGCCACCCCAGACACGCCAGCGGCCCCAGGCACUCCAGCCUCCCCAGACACGCCAGCCGCCCCAGACACGCCAGCCGCCCCAGACACGUCAGCCGCCCCAGACACGCCAGCUGCCCCAGGCACGCCAGCCGCCCCAGACACGCAAGCUGCCCCAGACACGCAAGCCGCCCCAGGCAAUGCAGCCUCCCCAGGCACUACAGCCCCACCAGAAGUUACCCUGCCUACCCUGGAGGAAGCGCUGACCAGGGCCCAGGCGCAGGCAAAGGAAGCAAAUAAGUGGAGGCAUAGUUUUGACGCAAUUCAAAGCCUGUUUAUUAAUACAAUCAAAGAAGUGGGUGGCUUUGUCAGAGAAGUGAAACAGGGAGCAACAAUAUGUGAGGAUGCUGGAAGCCAAAUGGGGCGUUAUAUUGAAAGAGUUAAUGAGGAGCUAAGAAUGGUGCAAUAGAUGAUCUCAUCCCUGAAGUAGCUGAAUGACACCAUGGGAAGUAACUUCUGCUGAAGUAGCUGAAUGACACCAUGGGAAGUAACUUCUAUUGAAGUAGCUGAAUGACACCAUGGGAAGUAACUUCUGCUGAAGUAGCUGAAUGACACCAUGGGAAGUAACUUCUAUUGAAGUAGCUGAAUGACACCAUGGGAAGUAACUUCUGCUGAAGUAGCUGAAUGACACCAUGGGAAGUAACUUCUGCUGAAGUAGCUGAAUGACACCAUGGGAAGUAACUUCUGAAAAAAAAAAAGGUAAUUAACCAAGUAUAAUCCUUACACAUAAAAUAGUGAUAUUUGUAGUUGACAUUUUAAAUAACUAAUUAUGCUAUGGUUCAAAACAAUUCUAUUCACUAUGAUCCCAGGAUUCCCUUCCCAGGGCUAACAGAGUUACACAGAGUUACACUAAAUUUUCAUGAUUGAUAGGAAGUAUGACAUAUAGUAUCUGACUUAAGUCUGUGUUUAGAGCCAAAUAAGAUUGACUCAUUCUUACCUAAAUGAAGUGAUAAUUUAUUAUCAACUAGCCAUUGACUAACAAGACGCAAGUCUUCUUUAAGGGCAUGUUCAAUGUCAGACUUACAUUUACCUUAAACUAAAAUUCCUGAGUCAUCUGCAUAUAAUAAUAACUUGUUUUUUACAGAUAUAUUUUUUUUUUAAUGGGAACACUGAAUUUUUUAAUAUAACAUGUUUCUUUAUUUUAGCAGUUGCAAUUAUUAAUCAGUGGGUUUUAUACGGAGGCUAAUUACUUAUGGUUGUGAUAGGCAAAGUGGAUUAUUUUUUACAAGAUUAUAGGAAUUGUGAAUGUCUUCAUUAAAAUGUUUUGUUUUUUCUUUAAAUUAAUAGAAUUCAUGGUUUGACCGUUUUAGUUUUCAUUGUGUGAAUGGAUUUCUGUUUCUGGCAUUGGACCUAGAAAUAAACUCUAUUAUAAAAACUCUAUAAUAACCAUUAACAGAGUUUUUUAACAGAACGCAGUGGAAUAGUGAGAAACAGUCGGAUAGUUGGCUGAUUUUUAGUUUGUGAGUCUACCUACAUGACUAACAGAUUUAAGUGUGAGUUUUAAUCUGGUCAAUAAAUUGUCCGCAAAGUUACUGGCCUUGGAAAGUUUUCAUUUUCCAAAGGUUUUUAACAAAAUUCUUUUAAAUAAUCUGAUGAUUUUUGGUAUAUGAAUCAACCUUCAUGACUUACGGAUGAAGUUUCAGUUCCACUCUGGCCCAUUUUGUUUCGGAAAGUUAUGGGGCUUGGGCUAACAUUUUCUCUAUAUUAUAGUGUAUUGUUUUGUUCUUGUCUUGGACUUCUCUUAAAUAGCUGCUAUGCAGCUUCAAAGAGGGUGAUUUUGCUUCACAAUCACAGGUCUUGUUGGAAUUGUAUCGUUCUCAAAAAAUAAAAUAAAAAUGAGUUUAAGGUUAUUCUGAUGUUCUCUUGCAUCAAGUAAGUUUCCAUAGUGGCUGUAAGUUUUUGAUUUAGGCGCUAAAAACAAUAAUUGGCAUGAACAUUAACCGUUACUUAUACAAUCUAUGUUUAUGUCUUCAUGUAAAUACUUGAAUGCACACGAAGUUAAGAACAUAGUGUAAGUAUUGCUCAAGUUGGUGGAAUAUACUGUUGUAUUAUUUAAAACAUUCUUUUUGGAAUAUGUACUUUACUGAAAACUUGAUAUAAACAAGGUGUACUUAUUGAAUUGAAUGGAAUAUACUUAACUGUGGUGGUGAAUUUU